AUGGCGAACCCCUCCAAUUUCCAGAUCACUCCCCGCGCCGCGAUCAUGGAGAGCAAUGAGCUCAACUUCCGCAGCCUGUACCUGUUCCACACUUCCCUCGGCGCAAAUCAGACCCAGUCCACGGUAAUAGACCCGAAUGCCACUACCGGUUUGGGUCAGACGGCUGUUAACAACUGGGCGAUAUGUGAUAGCCCUAGCCCCGGUGCCACCGUCGUUGCACGCGCACAGGGCCUGCAUAUCUAUGCCGGUAACUGGCAGAAUACUUUCAGCAUAACCUUUGAGGUUGAAAGGUACGUACGCAUAUAA